AUGGCAGCUAAGGAGGCGGCAUACUGGGCCAUAAUUGCCUUGCUUGGUUAUUUUGUAUACGCCCAAACCGUGAAAAGGGUCUCUCGGAAGCUGCCUCCAGGCCCACAACCGCUUCCGCUGUUAGGAAACGUUAGAGAUCUUCCUCCCAAUGGCGUACCCGAACAUGAACAUUGGUUAAAGCAUAAAGACUUGUACGGUGGCAUCAGUUCAGUUACUGUUAUGGGUAUGACGUUGGUCCUUAUUCACGACCAGACCAUCGCGCAUGAAUUGCUCGAGAAACAAGCUAGCAAAACCUCAGGACGGCCGACGAUGGUCAUGGCCAACAAGCUAUGUGGUUACGAAUCAAUUGUACUUUGUCAGGGUUAUACUCCCACAUUUAAGAGAUACCGCAAAUUUCUUCACCAACAGUUCGGUACGAAAGCAGCGGCCGCGCAAUUUCGAGAUGCCCAAGAGGUUGAAGUUAGCAGACAACUAGUCCGGGCGCUGGAUGAGCCAACAAAGUGGAUUGAUCAUUUCAAGACUACCGCUGGUGCCACUGUAUUGAAGAUGGCGUAUGGGUACGCCAUUGACCACGACAAACCUGAUGCAUUGGUCCAUCUAGUGGACAAAAUGAUGACUGAGUUUUCUCUUGCCGCCUCUCCCAUGUCGUGGAUAGUUGACAUCAUCCCUGCGUUACAAUAUCUUCCUGAGGGAUUCCCUGGCACCUCGUUUCACAAAACGGCUCGCAAAUGGAGACAUUCGAUCCAAUCGACUGCGUACGUUCCGUAUAGAUUUGUUCAACGCCAGAUGGCUACCUUUACACAUCGACCAUCAUACGUUUCGAAACUUAUUCAGCAUUUCAAACAGGAAAGUGACAAUAUCAGUGAAGACGACGAGCAAACAAUCAUUUGGACGGCUGCUAGUUUGUAUGGGGCUGCUGCUGACACCACGGUUAUUGCUUUGACAGCCUUUACAUUCGCCAUGAUACUGUUCCCAGAGGUGCAAAGUAAGGCGCAAGAAGAAAUUUACCAUGUCAUCGGGACGAAUCGCUUGCCAACUUUCGAUGACCGGGAGAAUUUGCCAUAUGUGGGCGCCCUAGUUAAAGAGUCGAUUAGAUGGUGGCCAAUAGCGCCUAUGGGGUUUCCACAUACAGCAACAGAGGAUAUCGAGUACGACGGCAUGCAUAUUCCGAAAGGCGCUAUGCUACUCCCUGCUGUCUGGUGGUUCCUGCACGAUCCUGAAGUUUAUGGAUCCCCAGACACGUUUAACCCAGAUCGCUUCCUCCCACCAAGCAAUGAACCCGAUCCCCGGCCUGCAGCUUUCGGUUACGGAAGAAGGGCUUGUGCCGGACAGUAUGUCGCGGAGUCAAGUUUGUACCUUCACAUUGCACAGUCAUUGGCUGUGUUCAAAUUUUGCAAGGCUAUUGACAAAAACCUUCAGGAGGUGGAGUUGGAUGUUAAGAUUAAGCCAGGGGUAUUGGCAUAUCCGACCAACUUUGACGUGAAUGUUAGGCCAAGAAGUGAGAAACACGCUCAGCUCAUUAGAGAGUUGGAGAGGCAACAUCCGUGGGAGCCCAGUGAUGCUGAGAUUUUGGAAGGCGUGAAAGAUGUUCCUCUCACAUGA